CUGGUUGCCUACACAUGCACACGUCAGUGCAUCGUAUUGAACAUAUUUGAGGUGUUCACUGGUGCGACAGGUAUCCAACAUGGGAUGGUUCUGGAUGGGACUUCUUGUGGUCUGUGUCACUGUGACUCACAUUGAUGCAGAAUGUCACUGUAGUACCACAGAACUCUGUAACUCGUUUCCCUCAACUCCCUGUAGUCAGAUGGAUGGUCAGGACAUGUGUCAUGAGGGAUGGUUUGGUCCGUACUGUCAGACACGAAAUAUUGCGCUAAUGAGAUCGUGUAGCCAGAGUAGUACAUUGGACGGAAAUGCUACAAAUUAUGGAGCAGGACUCGGUGUAGACGGCAGAGCCACCACAAAUGCCCUAAGCUUGCCACGGACAUGUGCUCAUACAAAGAAUGAGUCAAAUCCCACCUGGACUGUGAACCUGAACACUCCAGUUCCAGAGAAGAUACAACACAUCAGGCUCUAUCUGCGGGACAGGCGGAAGAUCGGAAGUGGCGCCACCGCUUCCAGCCUCGGACUUGCCAUCGUGUAG